AUGGAGGUGAUGGACAGCUGCAAGUUCUCCCCGUCCGAGCUCUUCUACGACAGCUCCUGCCUCUCCUCUCCGGAGGGCGAGUUCCCCGAGGAUUUUGAGCCCAGGGAUCUGCCUCCUUUCAGCGCCCACGGGCCCCCCGAAUCCGCCUGCUCCGAGGAAGAGGAGCAUGUCCGAGCUCCCACUGGCCACCACCAAGCUGGUCACUGCCUCAUGUGGGCUUGCAAAGCCUGUAAAAGAAAAUCCACCACAAUGGACCGGCGGAAGGCAGCCACCAUGAGGGAGAGGAGGAGGCUGAAGAAAGUGAACCAGGCUUUUGAGACCCUGAAGAGAUGCACCACUGCCAAUCCCAACCAAAGACUACCCAAAGUAGAGAUCCUAAGAAACGCUAUCAGAUACAUCGAGAGCCUCCAGGAGCUCUUAAGGGAACAGGUAGAAAACUACUAUCACCUGCCGGGACAGAGUUGCUCCGAACCGACCAGCCCCACUUCCAGCUGCUCCGAUGGGAUGGCCGACUGCGGCAGCCCCGUUUGGACGGCGAGAGGCAGCAGCUUCGACGCCGUCUACUGCGCCGAGAUGGCCCACGGCUACGCCGCCGAUCAGAGCAGCGCCCUGUCCAGCCUGGACUGCCUCUCCAGCAUCGUGGACCGUCUCUCCCCGGCGGAGGAACCAGGGCUGUCCCUCCGCAACGCCGACUCCCUCUCGCCCAGCGCCAGCAUCGACUCGGGGCCGGAGACGCCCGGGACGCCGCUGCCCCGACGGACCUACCAGGCGCUAUGA